GGGGCUGCUGAGGAAAUUCAUGAGGUUAUAAAAACCAUAGUCCAGGGAGGAGGUGGACAGAAGAACAGAGGGGAGAAGAGGAUGGCAGAGAUGUGUGUCCCCAAGGAACCAGGUGGCCCUGAUGAGGCUGAGCCCCCAUUAUGGGAGGAGAGGGAGAUAUUUCAAGGCCAGAGAUCACCUGAGAAAGACCUUGGGCUGUCGAGGAUCUCAAGAAGUUUGCCAGAUCCCAGCUCUGCCCAUUCUGUAACAGAGUGUCUAACCCGGGCCCCUCUGCUUCUGAUACUGCUUCUCAUCUCUUUGGGUCUCUUCAUGCUCAUGCUGAUCACCCUGAUUCAAGUCUCCAGGAUCCAACAAUCCCUGCCAAGAGAGGUGGAUGAUCAGGAGAGCCACAGCCCGGUGGUUGUUUUGCAAUCAGACCUGGAGGAGAUCCUCCAUCAGCUGAGCAAGAUGAAUGCCACCCUGACUGGCCUGUGCCGUCGCUGCCCCUGGAAUUGGGACUUCUUCCAGGGAAGCUGUUAUAUCUUCUCCAAGAUUCAGAGCACCUGGGAUGCUUCUGUCUCUGCCUGUGAGGACAUGAGGGCCCAGCUAGUGGUCAUUAACAAUGCUGAGGAGCAGAAAUUCCUGAAAUCUUGGGAUAUCAGAAAUGAUAAAAGCACCUGGAUCGGCCUCAGUGACAAACACAAUGAAGGGUCCUGGCAAUGGGUGGACAACACCCACUUGCAUCUCAGCUUCUGGAAAGAAGGGGAACCUAACAAUCAAGGAGAGGAGGACUGUGCGGAACUGUCCGGUGAUGGCUGGAAUGAUAACAAAUGUAGUGAAGAACACUUCUGGAUCUGCGAGAAGCCCUCAGCUCUGUGCCCAGGCCUCUGAGGGCCACUGUCCCCCACUCUCACCCCUGGCCCCUGUUCAGUCUCCAGGAUCAGGCAAUUUGGCCAUACCCUUUGCUAGGUCCUCUCUGGUCCCACCCACUUUUGUUUUUAUUCCUCCUGAACUGAAAUCUUUGAGAUCUCGAGAUUCUGAGAACCCUUUCUCCCUCCAAAGGCUGUAGACGAUCUCUCUUCUAUUGAUAGUCUUAGGGCCCUAAGUCAGCCCCCACGACAUCCUCUUAAUAAAGUCACACACUGCAUUAUGCCUGCAUUGAACUUACUUGCCAAUGUUUUAGUUACUACAGUUCUAUAAUAUAGUUGAUUUACACCACGA